AUCAUGAAUUUUUGUUGACACUAAAAAUAGCCCGUGUUUCCAAUAUAAAUUUGUAGAAAAGCCUCCGAAUUUUCAGCUUCUCAGAUUUAUAGAUCAUCGAAUAGCUUUACUAUGAAAUUCCUUUCUGUUUUGGCUGCUUCUGUUGCCUUGGCUUCUGCAUCCAAUGUCUCUAAAUACAAUGCUCUUAAGAAUAUGAUGAAGAGAGAAGACGCGUGCAGUGGAAGUUGUAUUGAGAUGCAAAACACUGUCGACACAUGUUAUCCUAAUGAUUCUGACGAUGACGAUCCAACUGUUCUUGCUUGUGUUUGUGGUCUCGACGAUACUUUCUACGAUCAAUUAAGUGACUGUGCCCAGAACUGUCAACAUAUUAGUGCCGAAGCUAGCAGAGAGUUUGGUGGCCAACUUGACCCUGCCAGUUUGAGAAAGUUUUAUUGUAAUCAAGCUGCUCAAGCCUCUGCCGGUGACAUCCCAACUGGCGCUAAUGGAGACCAAGAUUAUCCAGCUGCUACUGAUGAAGCCACUUUUGCUGGUGAAGAUUCUGGUGAUGACUCGGGCAACGGCUAUUUCUCUGCUGCUGCCACUGGCAUUUACACUGAUGCUAAUGCUGGCUCUGAUAGCAAUGCUGGUGGCAGAUGGGCUACUGCUUACACCAGUGGUGGCACUGUUAUUCUUACCUACAUCCAAAACUCCAUUGCUACUGAUGCAAAUGUCGCUGAAAUUGCCCCUACCCAGUCUGUUUCCAAGUCUGCAUCCAAGUCCGAUAUCAAACAAACCACUGCUGCUGCUGCUGCUCAAAGUGAACAAUCUACUAUUGCUUCCUCCUCCACCGAACAACCAAAGAGUGAAUCAAGCAUUACUACUACCUCUGCUGCUUCUGCUUCCAAGACUGAACAAAGCAGCAGUACCACCACUGCCCAAAGUAGUUCCAAGGAGCAAACUUCAUCCAAGACCGAAUCUACUUCUGCUGAAACCAAGACUACUAACGGUGCGGAAACUGUGGGUGUUUCUUUGAUUUCGUUAAUGGCUAUUGCAUUACUUUAAUUUAUAGAGUUAUAGAGUUAUAGAUAGAAUUAAUUUUGUUUAUUGUUAAUAUCUUCAGCUGUA